GAUUGAUGGCAUUCAACAUCCUGAGGAAUCUUCAUUCAAACUUCCCAUGUAUCGGAAAUUGACACUCAAACUCGGUAUUGAUGAAUGCAAUCUUCGAUUUCUCACCUCAGUGAAAAGUGCAUCGGAUCUAUCCGGAGUUAACCAGGCACCGCCACGUCACUUAUAACUUAUUAACUCAAGUCCAAGCCGGCAUGUUACAACAAAAUUGAAAGAACCCCACUAUAGAUCCAGACUCUACCACAGUCUAAUGUCAGGCAUGAAAUAGCUAUAUAUGCAGCCCCUGCAUUUACUCAGGCAGCACUAUAACCUCAAUUAAUCACUUACAAUGGAGAAACAGGAACCCUUUUGGAAAUUCCAGCUAGUCCCUGAUAUCUUCGUGGACUAUAACGAAAUCGCCAACCGAAUCCCAGGCCUAAAAGUAGGCACUCAGCCAAACCUCGGAAUUGUCGAUCAGAUCUAUGGCGACACAGACGCCUUUACCGAGUGGCUAGAACAGGACAAAACGCCCUGGGAACGAUUGACCUCCUACGUGCGCCGUCUGAACGUACGAAGUCCCAAGAAUGUCAGCUACAAAAUCCUCUAUCUCACUAGACAUGGCCAUGGCGUCCACAAUGAAUACAGGGAUAAGGUUGGGAAGGGAAAUUGGGAUGAUUAUUGGGCUCGUCUCGAUGGAGACGGCACUACCUACUGGGUGGACGCGCAGCUAACCGAUACUGGAAUCCAACAAGCUCGUGAACUGGGCAAGUUCUGGACGACUGUCGCCCUGGAGCAGAAGAUCCCAUUGCCAGAGACGAUUUACACGAGUCCGUUGCAGCGGUGUCUUCAUACGACGAAGAUCAUGUUUUCCACCGCCUUGAAGGAUUCAGGUAGACGGAUCGCUCCCAUGGUGAAAGAAGGGCUGCGAGAGCGUCUGACGGGUCACACUUGCGAUAAGCGAAGCACCCUGACACAGAUUAACCAGUUGUAUCCUCGGUACCUGGUUGAGGAUGGUUUCCCCGAGGAAGACCGGCUGUGGUCGCCAUUCACGUUCGAAACCACCGAGCAACAUGUGGCCAGAAAGCAACAGGUGCUGGAGGAUAUCUUUUCACGCGACCCGAAUGAGGUUAUUGCUCUGACGAUUCAUGCGUAUGCGAUCGGUGCCAUUGUCCGGGCGUGUGGUGGUGAGGAGGGAUUUAUUGUCCGAGAGGGAUCCACCAUUGCGUUGUUGGUGAGGGGAGAAAGGCCGCCUUUGGGUCGAUAUGAAGCCAUGUAUUAUUAGAUAUGUCCCAGUGUUGAUUCCAG